AUGCCUGCGCGCACCGCUGCCAUCACUAUCACAGCGCCUGACGGCACUCUGGUGCCUGUGCCUAUCUUCCCUGUCCCUGUCGCUGCGGAUGCCCCUGAGGUUAUUCCCGCCCAUGAGUUCUUCGCUCAGCAACUCGCGGCCCCUGAGCCUAGCUCACCACCACCAGCUGGUUUUGACUAUCAGAAUGCGUCUUUCGAUGAGAAGCAGGAGAAGGAGGACAUGGCCUACUCGAAGCUACCAGAUACAGUGGCCGAGUGCAAGGCUAAGAGAGUGGCAAGUGAGGGGGAGGAAGAGGCUGCUAAUGAAGAAGCGCCUGCUAUGAAGAAGACGAAGUCCAACUAG